AUGAGCGUCUUUAAAUCAGCCAUGGGCUAUUUUAGCUCAGGAGGCGCUAACGGUGGCAGUGAUAAUGAUUUUGUUGGUCAGUUUGUUGAAAUAGGAAAUAUGAAAUUAAGAGUGAAGAAGGUGAUUGCAGAAGGUGGUUUUGCUUUUGUGUUUGUUGCUCAAGAUGUAUCCAGUGGUACUGAAUAUGCCUUGAAAAGGCUAAUGGCAGCUGAUGAGCAAGCAAAUAAAAACAUAAUUCAAGAAAUUAGCAUAUUAAAAAAGUUAUCAGGUCACCCUAAUAUUAUAAAAUACAUAGCAGCAUCAUUUAUUGAUAAGUCAAAGACAUCACAUGGGAUGGGAGAGUAUUUAUUGCUGACGGACUUGUGCAGUGGAGGAAGCUUGAUGGAGGCCCUUCAGAACAGAGGCCAGGCCUUUCCUCUUCCCACCAUACUCAGGGUGUUCUACCAAACCUGUCGGGCUGUGCAACAUAUGCAUGCACAGGUGCCCCCAAUCGCACAUCGUGAUCUCAAACUAGAAAAUUUCUUAAUUUCUAAUGAAGGUACAAUAAAGCUGUGUGAUUUUGGAUCAGCCACUACAGAUAUUUAUACACCAAACCCCUCUUGGAGCGCAAAUCAGAGAAAUAUGUUAGAAGAAACCCUGGCCCAAUUUACUACUCCUAUGUAUAGAGCACCAGAAAUGUUAGAUACUUGGGACAAUCGCAAAAUCGAUCACAGUGUUGAUGUCUGGGCCCUAGGAUGCAUACUCUAUACACUAUGCUACAUGCAACAUCCAUUUGAGGACUCGGCUAAACUGGCUAUCCUAAAUGGAAACUAUAAUCUUAACCCCAAUGAUCAACGCUACAAAUGUUUUCAUGAAGUCAUAAGUGGUUGCCUAACAGUGAACCCUGAAGAGCGCUUGACAAUAAGUAGUGUGCUGGAGCGAUUGGCGGCGAUAGCGGAGUCCAAUAAUGUCAAUCUCAAGCAACCACUCAAAUUUGAGCGUAAAAAAGUUGAACAAUCUGUGGCCACUAGCUCGCCAGCUGGCAAAGAUCCUGUGGCAAACAGCCAGGAGGCGCCUAACUCCCGGCCCCCAGAGCCGAGCCGGCCCCCACCGCCCGCUCGGCCCCCAGCGGCCCCUCAUUACCAGCCUCCUUUACCGGCGACGCCUGCUAACUCUGGAGGCCUAUUCUCCUCUAUAAAAGGGGGCGCUGGCAGCUUCCUGAAGAAUUUGAAGGAUACCUCUUCCAAGGUUAUGCAAACUGUGCAACAGUCAAUAGCUAGAACAGAUUUGGAUAUAAGUUACAUAACUAGUCGUAUUAUAGUGAUGCCUUACCCGUCUGAGGGCUUGGAGAGUGCUUACAAAACCAACCACAUCGAUGAUGUCAGGGCGUACUUAGAGAGUCGUCACCCAGGCGGCAAGUACAGCAUCUACAACGCUUGCCGCGGCUGUAGACUGUCGUUCCCGCGCCACGUGCCGGUGACGGACGCGGUGCGAGCUCUGUGGCCCACCCCGGCACACCGCGCCCCGCUCCUGGCGCCGUGCUACGCGCUACUGCAGCAUAUGUACCAGUACUUGGGGAAAGAUGACCGACAGGCCGCUGUUAUUACCUGCCAGGACGGUAAACAAAUGUCAUGUAUGCUGGUGUGUGGGUUGCUCCUGUACGCCAAGUUGGUGACGGUGCCGGAGGACGCGCUGCAGAUGUUCGCAGUGAAACGCACGCCCAUCAACAUACCGCCCAGCCAGCUCCGAUACUUGUACUAUCUCUCUAAUAUUAUUAGGCCUGAACCAAUUCUCCCCCACUUCCGACCAGUGUCACUGGUAUCACUGACAAUCCAACCAGUUCCACUGUUCACUAAAGCGCGGGACGGGUGCCGACCUUACAUAGAAAUAUAUAAUGAAGAUAGAAUGCUCCUGUCUACCCUACAAGACUACGAUAGAUUGCAUCUUUAUACCAUGGCUGAGGGAAAAGUGUCGCUCCCGCUGGACGUGUCGGUGGCGGGCGACGUGUCGCUGUGCGUGUUCCACGCGCGCCACCAGCUGGGCCGCGUGCAGGCCGUGCCCGUCCUCUCGCUGCACUUCCACACCGGCUUCCUGGCCGUCGACCAGCAUCACAUUAAGUUUAAUAGGUCUGAAAUCGACGGUAUAGACGAUUCUCUACCAGUAAACGACCACUUCUCUAACAAUACUACCGCGGUUAUAAGCCUGGUAGUACAGAACGGUGAGAGACGGAAGCCACGUUCAGAUCUCUGGGAGGAAGACCAUUCCUUCCCCAUACGGACGCCUGACGUACUCUUCUCCACCACCCUCGAAAGAGACGAGACUAUUGACAACUUCGCGAAUCUUCGCAAGAAUCCCGCCGCAGUACCAAAAACAAUAACAGCAGACUACCCGCCUCGGGACCCGGAGCCCCCUACUCGUCCGAGUCGUCCAUCCCGCCCCGCUCCCCCCUCCCCCCUGCCUCCGCCACCCUCCACCCAACCCCAACCUGACCCCACUCCCUCCGACAGUACAGUAGACUUCCUAAACCUAAACUCCGGCACCCCACAACCUCAAGAAACGAAACCAGAGAAGAAACUCAAGUCUGAUGACUCUUUUGAUUUCUUUGGGAUGAUGGAGAAGCAGACUGAUGAUGGGUUCGGAGAUUUCCUCAGCGGAAACAAGGGAGAGGCAGCUCAGCAAUUCCCAACGGAGUCCAUAUUCGGAGAUUUGCCUGCUCCACCUCCGACGGAGCAACCUGAGGUGAAGGGUAACAUGAACUCUAGUGAUCCGCUCAACUUCGAUCCAUUCGGCCUUAACGACCCCUUGCCGAAGAUAGAGACAUUACUUACGCCAUUGAUUAAGGAUGAAGGUCGUCCUCAAAGCGUACCGUUAGAGAAAGCUCAGCCAACUACAGCUGGACAGCGUAAGGAUCCGUUUGCAGAGCUAGGCGUGCUGGGCGGCGGGCUGCCGGCGCCGGUCCCGGCGGCGGCCAGCCGCGGGCCCACGCCGCGCGCCUCGCCCGCGCACACGCCCGCGCACCUCCCGCACACGCCCGCGCACCAACCGGACUACAAUAGAGCACACUUCGAGCCAGCCAAAACGCCAGGUGACGACAAACAACGGAAACCAAUGGACGUAUUCGGCGAUUUGCUCGGUAGCCAAGGAUAUGACUUUGCGUCCAAGAGAGACACCGGCCCUAAAACAAUGAACGCCAUGAGGAAAGAGGAAAUGGUUAAGGAUAUGGACCCAGAGAAAUUGAAAAUACACGAAUGGACGGAGGGUAAGAAGGCGAACAUCCGAGCUCUGCUAUGUUCCCUGCACACCGUGGUGUGGGAGGAUUGUCGCUGGACGCGGUGCGACAUGUCGCAGCUCGUCACUCCCGCAGACGUCAAGCGAAACUAUAGGAAAGCAUGUCUCGCUGUACAUCCUGAUAAGCAAAUGGGUACACCAAACGAGAACAUAGCGAAAAUGAUCUUCAUGGAACUGAAUAAUGCUUGGAGUGAUUUUGAAAAUGACGCCAAACAACAGAACUUGUUCCAGUCUUAAAUGUUAGUGCAGCUUACACCAUUAUAAACACGGAGUAUUUAGUCGUAAUGGAGAUCUCAAACACGUGUUUGUAAAUGUAAUCAAGCAUGUGCGAGGUGUGUUCAUUCAAGAGCUCUGAACUAGUACUCCAUCUGUUCACUACUCGUGUACAUAGGAGACUAAUUCAGUAUAUUAAUAAAAUAUAAUUAUGUUUAUUUAGUUAGACCUUGCUAAUGGCGUGUAUUCAGAAAGCAAGUUUGAAGUAUAAGAACGCUUUACGCGAAUGUCUUACCGAUAUUGUUUAUAUCGCUAAGUGUAAAUUAGAAUUGUGAUAAAUUCAUUAAUAGUUUAUUAAAUCAAGUGUUGACUUUGUGGAUAAUAUUACAUUGAUGUUGGAUGUAGCCCCAAUUUAAUGCAAGCUUUUUAGUAGAUUCCUAGAAUGUCGCAUUUCAUCAGAAAACGUGUUUACUUCUUGACACCUAAUUUGAAGAAGUAUCUACAGAUAGUGUUGUAAAGGCUAACUGAAUAUAUUUUUGAUAAUUUCAAAUAUAAUAUAUAUCUUGCAAUACAACCACGAGAAGUACACUGCACUCUUAUAAUACACUAGAUAAACUAUUUGGCAAAGGAUUCUGCUAGUCAUGAAGCCUGUUCCGAGGUAAAUAACCAUUAUAAUUCUUUGGCUGAUAAUUGUUACUGUUGCGUGACUGUCAAAGUAUACAUACAAGACGAAAAAGACAGAAACAAAUGCACAUAUACCCAGGAAAGCAUAGCUUACAAUUUUUCAUUACAUAAUUAAAUUAUUUCUAUAAAGUCAUGUCUUCCGAUUGCAUUUUAUUUAGGUGUUGUUAUAAAAUUAUACUGUGCAAUAAAUAUGGUCAAGUUCAAGAGAUUAUUAUAUAGAAGUGCCAUUACAAAGCAACCAACAUUGUACUUACUCCAGAAGUAAAGCAGUCCGAUCUUAAGAUAGCGAAUUGUACAUUAUUCCAUAGUGCAAUAGGUAAAAUAUAUAAGUUUAUUUAGUUCUGUCGAAAUUCGAAUCAUAUGUCGAUGAAUAUAAAGAUUAUUUUAUGAUUAUAGACUCAUUCAUCAUUAACAUAAUUUGUGGGCGAUACUUAAUAGUGUUAAAUGUUGUAUUUUAGUACACUCACGUACAUAAUAUAGAACAAAAUGUAUUUUAGAUAUUAAAUAUCAUGAGAACUUAAUGUAUGAAAAGAAAAUCAAAGUUACGGUUUAUUGUCGUUAAGAAAAUUAUUCUUUAACUCGAAGUUAUAAACUAUAUUAAUAAUGUGCUGUCUAUCGGUGUGGAGUGUAGAAAUACAGCUUCUUUACGACUUCGCUUCGUUAUGUUACUAUUACUAUAUAUUAUUGAUAUUGAAUUUAUCUGUGAAUUAGGACAUUAAUAUGUUCGGGUGAAAAUCCGUUUUCAACGAUACAGAUAAUAAGAUAAAUCUUUAUUUAUGAAAUAUUAUGUUAUGUAUAUUACGCCGAACUCCUGUACUUGUUUUAUUAUUGUUAGUCGCAUAAAUACAAUUCUUAUGAAACCGAUCACUAAGAUAAAGCAAUGGAAAUUCGCGCAAUUUUAUCAAUGCAACAUGUUGGGUCACUGUUACCUUGAAUAAUGUCAAAAUGUUUUAUUUUUCCCUUAGGUUUCAGGAUUUGGUGUUAGAUGUUAAUUAAUUAGUUCUCUGAGAGCUUACAAUAAAGUUAAGUUUAUACAUUCCUAUUGAAAUAAGUGUAGUCGGGUGACCAUUAUCGUAAAAAUAGUUGUUGAUUAAAAUCUUAUACUAUCUCUAGACUACUCUUAUGAAUUAUUUGAAUCAGUAUUUUGAACUAGUAUGAGGCUUUGGUUCAUCAGACAUUUGAAAUACCAUGCAAUAUUUCGUUUAGGAGUCUCCAUUUUUGUAAUUAUGUAGUUAGGCCUAUAUAACAGUCUUUGUUGUUACUGCAAUUUGGUGUAGAGCCAGUAAAUAGACGUACAUGUCACCAAUAUCGUGUAUAUUUUGCUUAGAUGAACGUACCUAUGUCUAAAUAACAAAUCUGUUCUGAAAAAUAAAGUAAUUUGAAAAUUA